CAACAAACUUAACAAACACGGUGCCACGGAAAUUCAAAGUCUGUAUGAAAGUUGUUUAACUCGGUCUAGUCUUUUGUGGGUCUCUUCACCUUUUUUGUUUGUGGCCAUAAAUAAUUAGUCUCUACUAUCUCUUCAUCAAUCUUCAAUUAACAAACAUUUAAAUUCUUCAAUUCUCAACCACUCUAUUUCUAUAUCUCUCUGAAUGAAAAAACAUGACAAGCAAAGGAACAAACUCUGGAGAACAACAACCAAAGACAGAGUGUUGCAUGUGCGGUGAUCUUGGUUUCUCUGAUCAACUUUUUCAAUGUAAAAUCUGCCAAUUCAGAUCUCAACACAGGUACUGUAGUAAUCUGUACCCAAAAACAGAGUUUUUUGGAACAUGUAACUGGUGCUUGAGUCCUGAGAAUUCACCAAACUCUUCAAAUUCUUCUUCUUCUUCUUCUUAUAAGAAAAACAUGAUGAGUACCAAAGACGAAGGAAAGAACAAGAAAAUAAAAAAUUGUAUUGAAAAUAAGGGAAUGAUUAAAGGAAGUGGUGGUGGCAGUGGCGGCGGUCGUGUUUAUCAUCUUCAACUUCCGAAACCAAUGAAGAAACAAAAUUUACCAUCUGAAAAAAAAUCACCAUUAGCAUCAACAUCUCCUCCAAUUUUAGUUUCAACUCGUAAAAGAAUCAUCACAAAUGGUGCUUUGGAAGAGAAAUUGAGAAGAACUAGAUCCGAAGAUAUUAUAAAAAGUAGUAAUAGUAUUGGUGGUACCAAACAAGUUUCCAGGAAUAAGGUGAGAAGGUAUAAGCUUUUGGAUGAAGUUUCAAGUUAAAAUAAAAAUAAAAUAAAAAAUUAUUAGAGAAUAGAGAUGAAUGGUUUUUGUGAUAGAUGAAUGAAUCAUACAAAAAUGAAAAAAAGGGUCAUCUUUUUUUAUUUAUAUUUUUUAUUUUUAUUUUUAUUUUAAAGUUUUGUCCUGAUACAUGUACAGAACAAAAGUGAAUGAAUGAAGGAGCUAAAAAUGUUUAGAUUCAUAACA